CACUCCCAAAACCUGACAGCAAAAGAUGGAAAUGGAAUACGGCCCUACCAAGUUUGACACUGAAGGACGGCCGUAUCGAUCUCAUGCACAGCCAGCAUGUCAGUCGUGUCGUAAGCGCAAGUCUCGUUGCAAGACGAGAGCUGCAAACGAGACUUGUGCAAUGUGUCAAGUUCACGGCACCGAAUGUAUCUUCCCGCAGGUCGACAACAGAAAACCACGGAAGAUCGCAGCAGCGUCCCGAAGAGUCACCGCCAGGUUCAAUCGGUCGGAGAUGUCGACUGGGAGACAAGGCGCUGGAUCGGCACCAGCAUCACCGCCCAGUCCAAGUCCGGCUUUUCGGGAAUCAGCAGAUCAGCCACUUGAACACUAUACGAAUCAGGACAUUCAGCAAGAUUCAUGCAUAUUUAAUGCACACGAUGAACCGCAAGCCACAUAUACGAACCAGGAGGAAUCGCCGGCGCAUCUCAUGGGCAUUUUCGCGGAAGCUGGAGAUCACAGUACGCACAUUGUCAGUCCAGCAAUUGCCGAGGACAACAGCGUUUUGAAAAGCUACCUCUCGAGCACACCGGAUCUCAGAAACAUGAGAUUGAUCCGUGCGAUGUCUGACGUGCGGCCUCCGAACCCAUCGGUAAGACCGGUCUUGUUCGACACGGUUCUGAGACGCCCACUAGGCGUGACGACUAACCAAUCUCUGGCUUCAAGCAAGUGUGAGCUUAUAGAAAAAUUCAUUGGACCACAUGUGCAAGAUCUGAUUGAUCUAUUCUUCGAGCGUGCAAACGUCUGCUUUCCAAUAUUCGAUGACAUCUCAUUCAACAACAUAUUUUCAACCCACAAGGAGAAGAUUUCUUCCGCAUUGUUGUGCAAUUUAUACGCCAACGCCCUUACAUACUGGGACACAUCACCCAGAUUACAAGGAACGGUGAAACCAGACCACCGGUACAUUUGGGUACAAGCUAAUGAAGCUCUUAAUUCUGAAUUAUUCUUGUCACCGGGAAUUUCUGCGGUAAUAUCAAUCAUAUUGAAUGUUUCUGGUAGGCCAAGUACCUCCAUCUUUGGGAACGGCGGAAUGAUCGGAAUCGCCGUCGCUUUGUCCAAUGCUCUCGGUCUUAACAGGGAUCCAUCCAACUGGAACAUAUCUCCCCCUGAAAAAGUGUUCAGAAUUCGAAUCUGGUGGCUCGUACUCGUACAUGAUAGAUGGUGCAGUCUGGCCUACGGAACGCCCUUGCAGAUCCAUCGCGCACAGCACGAUGUACCCAUACCAACGGCUAAAGACAUCUGCAGACCCGGAUCCUCAUCUAUUCAGGCCGCUGCCGCUUCUAUCUUCCUCGCCCUGGUCAGUCUGACCGAAAUUCUGGGCCGCUACCUCGAACACGUCUACUGCUUCACGACGAUAGAUGCAACCGCAGCCAAGAUGUCUGGGAUGGACUUUGAGCUCCUGCUCACUGAUUGGGAAGACUCACUCAGCGAUGACGUUCGUCGUCUGGCCAUUCGCGGCACGAGAAUUGACGUUCCUGGGUCAGCGAAUUUUCGUCUAGCAUAUCUCGCUGUCAAACUGCUGCUCAGAAGAAUACAACUAGACGCGGAGAAAGAUACCCCAGGCGGGGAGGCUACAACCUCUCACUACUACCUCCAAGCGCAACGAGUGGCGGAAGAAAUUGUGCAUUUGGUGCAAGAAUUAGACGAUUCGCAGUGCAGUGGCUUUUGGAUCCCGGUAAAUGCUUUCUCACUGACGUCCGCAACUAUAUUUCUGCUUCGAAGCGCUUUGCGCUCCAGAACCUCCAUGGCGGAUAUGAGUCGCAACACCUCAUUGAAGUUGGCUAGAGACAUGAUCAGCGCACUUCGCGCGCACCAUCAGAACUCUGGGUGGGAUCUAGCUGAACAUUGCCUGACAAAUUGCUCGGGGCUAGUUGACAGAAUGGAGACCGCUGGCAACAGCGGAUCGGCAACGCAACUACCCACUCUGGAAGACCUUUUUGUUGACAUUAAUACGCCCGAGUUAGAUAAUAUCUUUACAGGGUUCGGGAACCAUUUUGAACUCUAAUUUUGCGCACGUGGUGUCACUCCCACGCCUACGAGUCCUGAUUC